UGAAUGCAGCAAGUGAGAUUGGUUCAGUUUACUCUCUAGUCAAAGAAAACAAAAGUUGGUCAACAAAAUGCCAGAUAACACAGAUAACAGCCAAUUCAACCCCGAUGAAUUGGUGCCACCUAAAUGGUUAGACACCAACUUUGUCGCAGAGGUUCUCCGAGCCCAUGAAAAGUCACCUCAACUCAAGGUAACCGAUCUUAACCUUUCACCGGCUUGCCUCAAUGGAGAUCAUUAUGCCAGCAUUAUGUUCCGGGCCAAAGCAAAGUAUUCCACCGAGAAAGGAGACUUCGAAAAGUCGCUGGUUAUCAAAACGAUGCCUGAGGAAGAGGGACAGAAAAAGGAAUUGAUCGGGAGUUCCCCGAUUUUCAAGACGGAGGUGCGAAUGUACUCCGAGGUGCUGCCCGAAUUCGAGAGGAUCCUCCGCCAGGCGGGGGAUAAUACAAAGCUCUUUGCGGAUUGCUUGUACUACAGCCUGGAGCCACACCAGGUCCUGAUUUUUGAGGAUCUCAUGGAAAGGGAUUACUUUGUAGUGCGAGAUCGCGAAUCAACCCUGGAUGAGGUGCAACGAGCCUACUUUAAGCUGGCCAAAUGGCAUGCAGCCAGCCUAAGAGUGCAACAAGAGCAACCGGACUUACUUAAGGGCUUAAAUCACGGACUGUUUGAGAUACCUAACAUCAUGCAGGAACCUUUUUUGGAGAACGGAAUAUCUUACUUUGUGGAACUCCUGAACGAGGAGCCAGAGCUGAGAGAGUACAAACCCUUCUUCGAAAGCAUCAGGGGAGAUUUUAUACAAAGACUAAGCGCUGAGUGGAAGGACCUGCGGAAUAAUCCCAGAAAUGACCCAUACUGGGUGCUCUGCCAUGGAGAUUUCCAUCUGCGAAACAUGAUGUUUCAGUACCAGAAGGGAUCUUUUGCAGAUUGCAUGUUGCUGGACUUUCAGCUCAGCAGCCUUUUCCCACUGACUAUGGACCUGGUCUACUCCAUAUAUCAGCUCCUGGAGCCCGAGUAUCGCUGGAAGCAUUGGGAAGAUAUGAUGAACUAUUACUACUUUGUGUUCGAGGAUGUUUUGAAGAGAAUUGGUUACAAGGGGGAAAUGCCCACCCAAUCCGGUUUCUGGCAACGCCUGCAUCAGCACAAGUAUUAUGAGUUCUUCCUGGUGAGCACCUUUCUGCCCAUGCAGUGGGCCCUAAGAGAUAAAUCUGUAGUCUUCAUCGAUAUUUUGGAGAAUGAGCAAAAGCGAAAGAAUUUAUACUUUUCUCAAGGUUACAUUAAGGAUGUAAAAAUAUUGUUGGCUCGAUUUGAAAAGUUGGGCUACUUCAAAGAUAUCAAAUAGAUAUCAGAUAAGGUAAUAUAGUUUUUGUAUACGAGCUAGUAUAACCCAAUUCCAAUUGUAAAUAAAUUGUAAUCUUGCAUUUAAAAAUCAAAUUAAUCUGUAUUUCAAUAUUAAUAUUUAAAUGCUUACCCGAAAGAGAGUACCAAAAAUAAAGCCUGAAUUGGUAAACAAUA